GUACAAUAUUUUUGGUGUUUAGAAACAAACUAAUAUGACGACCAAGAAGAGGACAAUAUCUAAUACCAACCCUCGUCGGGUCAAUAACGUAAAACAAAAGAAACAAAAAAAUGCCAGAUUCAACAUAAAAGAACCAUUCGGUAAAGCUAUAAUUGGUUACUUUUAUGAUCAUGCUACUACGGCUGGACACGUUCUGCUGAGUGUUGCCAAAUUCUUUUCGGUACUAGGUGUUGUGAUUUAUAUUGCUGUACCUACAUCAAUUUGGUUGGAUUCCUCUCUUGCUGCCGAAUUAGUUUUCUUAAAUCAUCUUCAAUGGCCCCCAUUCAGGGAUUUACGUCAUCCGGAGAAAUACGGUCUGGAAAAGACUUUCCUUUUGCAAAUAGACAGAGAUAAUGAUAUGCAAUUAGGUGCUUGGCUUGUUCUUUCGGGAAAUCAUUCGGAAUUGUAUACAGAGAAAAACUAUACACUAGCUCUAAAAUCAGGAAUUCCUACUUUUCUUUAUUUACACGGAAACGCAGGGACUAGGGCAGCUUGGCAUAGAACAAGACUAUACAAUGUUAUUGCUAAAACGGCUGGUUAUAACGUUUUAGCGAUUGAUUAUAGCGGCUUUGGAGAUUCUAAGGGUAGACCGUCGGAAGAACAAGUUAUUGGUGACGCUUUGGCCGCUUAUAAAUGGCUUUUGAAGCACGAAAGUAAAGUUUUUAUUUGGGGACAUUCUUUAGGAACUGCCAUUAGUCUUGGUUUGGCUGAACGUUUAUCAUUAUUGAAAGAGUCGUACGAGGGUAUCAUUCUGGAAGCUCCUUUUAAUCGCUUAGAAGAUGCGGCAAAACAUUUUCCACUAGCCCAACCAUUUAUGAGAAUUCCACCGAUUGCGGAUAUCUUUUUUCAAGCUUUUGCGAAACAGAAUUUACGUUUUAUCAGUGAAGAAAGAAUAACUAAAGUUAAUUCACCAAUUUUAAUUUUACACGCCUACGAUGAUGGUAUUGUUCCAUUCGAGUUAGGCGAAAAGCUAUUAUCAGCAGCUAGGGCUUCGAAUAGAAAAGUUUCAUUUAAAGCAUUCAACGCUGACUUAGGCUAUGGUCAUAAGCAUAUUCAUAAAUAUCCGAAUUUAGCAAGAUUAGUCAAAAAGUUUGUGUCUAAUUGUUCAAAUACGUAAAUUUAUGUUUUUUCAACCGAUAAAAAGCACGAAUCAAUGCAACUUUAAAGAUGAUUAAUAAAUUUUCCAUAUAUAUUCUCUAAUCAUUGUACUUUUUGUUUGCUUUCACGAUAACGCUAGAAUUAAUGAUACUAAAUACUAAAAGUGCUUGAAAUACUAAGCGCCAA